UUAAACAAUUUCUUAAUAUUAUUUACAUACCUACAAAUAUAUAUUUCUUCAAAAUUUACAUAUAAAACAAAUAAUUCGCGAAUACGAGUAAGAAAAUGCGUGGAAAUAUUCGUGAUUGUGAACCGUCAACAUCGUGUCUGCGUCGUAAUGUUUAUCACCUGCACGUGCCACUCUUCGUCUUGGAUGUCAUACGCCUAUUUCAAGAUCAUCCGAAAUUCGCACGUGGCUUGAAGGAGUAUCAUAUCAUUGAUAUGUUAGAGAAGGAAGGCUAUGCCAGUGGUGAUGUUGAGGCGCAGGUAAAGAUGGCAUUGAAAGGACUCUCUUCAACGGGUUUUGUACGUUUCAUUAACAAUGGCUAUAGAACGUUGGGUCCUUUUGCACGCUUGGCUCUGGCACGCACUCCACGUCAAUUCAAUAUUGCAUGGGAACGUCUUUGUGAAUUGCAAAAAAUCAGUACAACCAGUUUAAGUUCAUCUCUAAGCUCGCGCAGUCAAACCUGCUGAAAUGCAGGCGGGUGUUUUGGGAAAGAGGUGGAGAGAGUGGAAUGUGGGAGACGCAAAUAUUUCGAAAUCUUGCAAUAAAUGACUGAUAUUUGCAGUCAAUAAAUGAUUUCAAUGAAUAAA